AGGGGCAUAUGCUGAAUGCUCCCAGGAGAGACCCAGGAGGUGAAGCCGUGUGAGCUCCUUGCCCUGAAGACAGUCUGCUCCGAGGGAGAGGAGGCUCCCCAAAGCAUCGCCCGGGGACUCUGUGACACCGUGACACCCCGCGCCUCUGAAUUUUUCUUCUAUUCUUUAUCUCCUGCUAAAAAUGUCCCUGGUUUGGUCUAAGCCAGACCUGGAAAUCGUGCAAGGCCGAGCGAGUGAUCUGCAGGUUCCCCGUUUGCAGCCCGGAGAGCACCCUGGGGAAAGGAUCACGAAGGAGACGCAGCAGAUGGCAAAUCAGUUGUGAGACGUUGGCGCCUGUUUGGUUCUGUUCAGGGUUGUUGAUUAGUUUUUCUCUCUCUCUGUAUUUUCUUCUAAAAAAUUCAGAGAAAGUUUGUGGGAAAGAAAUCUCCACCCCGGUCUGGGUCUCCCAGUUUUGGUUCCCGCUGGGGAAGAGGGUGGCUAGUUCCCGGAGGGCUCGUUAGGAGCCACACCUGGGCUGGAUCAGUUAAUUCCCUAGCGAGGCCAGCGAGGGCGGGAGCUGAGGAGACUUCAGGGAACAAGCUGUAGCCAAUCGAACGGUGGGGUGUAGCCGUCUGAGUGUGCAUCUGUGCCGUCCCUCUGCCCAGCUGUGAUCUGCCUGUCAACAGCCUGGCCUGGUCCUGACACACCCAGGCUGGAGUGCAGGAUGCCUGGGUCCUCUUCCCAGCUGACCCUGUGCCAAUUCCAGCAGCAUGCUGUGCCUCAGUUUCCCCUUCCUGGGGCCCCACUCGGGACUGCGUGGCCCAGAGCCCAGGGUGACAGAUGCGGCAGAAGCACCCGGAAGGAGGGGCCCUGGCGGGGCCACCCCGGCUGACCCAGCCGUCCCCGUCCCACGUGGUGGACGAGAAGAUCCCGCGGCUCCGCUGCCUGAUGUCAGGGAGCGACAUCACCACCCAUGUCCUGUCCUGGUACCACCAGCCUCCCGGGCAGGGUCCCGUCUUCCUGCUGAGUCACCGGGCCGGGGACAACAGGCCCACGUACGGGGUUGGCGUCUCGGAGCGCUUCAUCGCCAGCCUGGAGCGUGACACCAACGCCUUCAGCCUCACCAUCGGCAACGUGAAACCCGCUGACGCCGGCACCUACUUCUGCGCCGUCUGGUACGCCAACCAGUACCUCUUUGGAGAGGGCACCCGCCUCAUCCUGGGAGGUGAUCCCCGGGAGAAGCGCCUGCCGCAGGUGGCCCUGCUGGGUCCAGCUCCGGCGGCCGGCCCGGCCUUCCUGUGCCUGGCCUGGGGGUUCUCCCCAGAGCCGGUCCGGGUGCGCUGGCAGGUGGACGGGCGGGAGCCGGGGCCCGGGGAGGCGUCCCCGCCGGCGGAGGGCCGGGAUGGGGCCGGGGCCGCCAGCCUGCUCAGCCUCCCGGCCCGGGCCUGGCUGGACGGCGCCCGCGUGACCUGCCGGGUGGAACACGAGACCCAGGCCCAGCAGAGCAGCGCCGAAGUGAAGAGAGCCGGGCGCGGAGGUUGCUCGGUAUCCGCCGGAGACCCCCUCCCGCCGCCUGACCCUCUCGGCAACGGGACCGCGGGGAGCACCGCCCUCCAGAGCACCGGGGCCCCGAGCCUGGGCCGGAUCGUGCUGACAGCCUGGCGCUGCUACCUGGGGUCACUGGCCGCCAGCUGCCUUUACGGCCUGGGGGUCUCCCUCCUCGUGGGGCUGCGAGGGCUGCAGGGGCUGCAGGAACCCAGGCGUCCGGGGCCACUCCCACCCCCUCCGGGAGCCCGACGGAGAGCGCCCCGGAGGAGAGCUGGCGAGGAGCAUCGCUUCGAAUGAGACUCCCCGGCCCCCGUUUGCUGCGUCCUGCUGGUCCCACCCCCAGUGCCCCCCUCCUGGGGACCGGGAACGCCCCCGAACUGGCCCCCCACAGUCCCCGCCCUGGACCUCCAGCCCCCACCCCGGCUGUCCCGUGACGGCUGCAGUGGUGACCCCCUCAGCCCCUGCUAAUCCUGCCCCCCCGAUCUCUGACCCCCCACCCCCACCCCCCACGUGCA